AUAUAUAAUAUGCUCUAUUCUUGAUCAUCUUCAAAACAUUUAAAGUCUUAGCAGCAAAUGGAGUCACAGUUGCAGCACACUCAUGGCCGUCACUACGAUGACCAAGACCCUCUCACCGCCACCGCCACCGCCACCGCCGGCCAUCGCUCUGGUCAUGAUUACAAUGAAGAGCAUCAUGGCGAGAAGAAAUCCGUGAUCAAGAAAGUUAAAGAAAAGGCCAAAAAGUUAAAGAACACGAUCACAAAGCAUGGACAUGGUCAUGGAGACUCUGAUCAGCAUCAAGAUCACCAGGAUGAAGAGGAUGACGAUGAUGAUGAAAUGGAGAAAGACGCUGAAGUCCAUGGCGCACCAAUGUAUGAUUCAGCUAGAGUUGGCCUGGGUGGUCCUGAUGCAAUUUUUGCACAGCCCAGGGGUAAUUUGGAAAGGCCAUCAAUGAUGGCUGAGGAUCGUUACACAGGACAUAGUCAAGAAGUAAAUCCAGAAAAAUGGAGGGGUAAAAUUGGAGCACCAACUGGAAUGGAGGAACACCCAUUUGCCCCCAACCCAACUCCAUAUGGAUCAAGACAUGUAGCUGACCAAUUUGGCAACCGUGGGUCAGGGCAGGACAUGAAUCAGGAAGGAUUGAGGGGUAGAAUCGGGAAAUCAACAGGGAUGGUGGAGGAUCCCAAUGGCCCAAAGGGUUCAGCUCCUUCAAACUAUGAGACCAAAGUUACUGAUCCAACACAUACAGGUGGUAAGGAAGCACAACUCUCGCAGAUCCAACAUUCUCUUGGCAAAAUGGGCAUCCGCGAUGAACACGAUUCUAGUUCCGAUUUUGAGCCGAAAACCUUAGAACAUAACCACCCUGAAAAUCUACCACGUGAUACCGUCACCGGAAACCCAUCAAGCCGGAGCAGCAGCUACGUCGAGAAAAUAUCAUCCUCUGCUUCCGCCAUAGCCGAUAAAGCUGCAGACGUUAUCACCUCCAAACUUGGGUAUUCCAGCCAAACCCCAAGUACCGGACAACAUGAAACCGGAAAAAGUUCAGGCGCUGCAACGGAUUACGCGCAUAAGAUUACCGACACAGUGACAGGGACAUUGGCGCCGGUUUAUGAGAAAGUGGUGGAUGCUGGUAGUGCAGUGAUGUCAAAAGUGCAAGGGAGUGUAUCUGGAACAGGGCAACCGCAAGUUCAGAGAGGAUCUGAUACGCGUUCAGGGAGUAGGACGAUGGAGAAAGGGAGGGAAGCCGAUAAGGGGGUGUCGGUGAAGGAAUAUUUGGUAGAGACGUUGAAGCCUGGGGACGAAGAUAAGGCGUUGUCGGAUGUUAUAACGCAUGCUUUUCACAGGGGAAACCAUGGAGAGAGCGAGAAGAAAUCGGGAGAGGAUAGACCAAUAGAUAGAGUGACGGAGUCUGUUGAAGUCCGAGAACGAUUAGGGAGUGAUCAUCGGGAAGAACAUGAACAUUCCGGCAAUGUGAUCACUGCGGAUAAAGGUGUGGCAGAUAGGUUGAUAGGCGCAAUGGGGUCGUGGUUUGGUGGGAAAGGGAAUGUGCCACAGGGAUCUCUCGGAACGUCUUUUGUGACGGAUGAAGGGUUGUCCAGUAAUCCCCCCGGCAGUAAGAAGAGUGGAAGUGGGAGACAAGAUUGAGUGUUUGGUUUUGGUUAUAUGAUGGUGUUGGUGUGGAAUAAAAAAAUGUUGGUUUGACUUUGCUUUUUAAUGUAAAGAUGUGUGUUACUGUUUGUAUAUGAAGAAGAUGUGGUCUGGAAGAUCGGUCGUUUUGUAUUACACAGUUAAAUCUUAGUUUUGGUCUGUAUUUUUGCGAUUCGCGCACCAGUAAUAAACAAGAACACGGUUUUACUUUGUGGUUUA